AUGGAGGAUAUUCUUACUCGUGUACUCUGCUUGACAGACCCACGCUUUGUGUGUUCAAUUACUAUUACAUCACAGAUGUUUAAUAGGGCGGCAGGAUAUGACCUAGUUUGGAACACUUUUUUGCCACCAAAUUUCAGACAGCUGAUUGAAGGAUUGCCGAAUGCCGAUCAUCUUCUCACCCUGCCAAGAAAGACGCUAUUUCUAUACCUGACUGAGAAUCCCGUCUGUAUCAAUGACAGGAAUGUGGCGCAGAAAAUCCUGUUAAAUAGAAAUACUGGUCAUAUUGCGUACUUUUACGCGGGGACGUCAAUUAAUGUUAGCUGGUUUGAUGAAGUAAUAAUGGACGGAACUCAUCAGAGAGAAUCUUCUAUAUCUACUCCGAUACGACCUUUAUGGUUUCCAAGAUGCAUGGACUUGAUUAACCCCUUGUGGUUGCAGUUGAAUGCAUUGAUUAAUCCUGUGCUUCUAUCUAGAAAUUGUAACUAUACAGUGAGAUUCAUUUUCCGGAUGCUGCCGGAGUUCAUGGGACAGAAUGAUGCUCCUGACCAGGUUCUCUGUAAUAUUCGCAUCGGUGGCAGGCCGGUUUCUGCUCGUCUAGUGUACUUUAGGAGUAACAAUGCGGUUGGGCCUGGGGUAAACGAGCAACUCCCUCAUGAUGAUGAUUACUGGGCAUCCUAUGUGGAAGAACUGGAACCGCAUGGAUGGCUUGAAGCAAAUAUUGGGGAAUUUUACUUGGACAACGACGAUAGGGGAAAUGUACAUAUUUCAAUACGUGAUAUGACAGCAGCAAAUUGGAAAGGCUUUAUACAAGUGGCGGGGAUUGAGUGUAUACCUAGUGAUUAA